CCGAGCCCCGCGAUGCCGCCGCCGAGUGGCCCCAGCGUCCUCGCGCGGCUGCUGCCGCUGCUGGGGCUGCUGCUCGGCGGCGCCUCCCGGGCUCCCGGCAAGUCGCCGCCGGAGCCCCCCAGCCCGCAGGAGAUCCUGAUCAAGGUGCAGGUAUAUGUGAGCGGGGAGCUGGUGCCCUUGGCCCGGGCCUCCGUGGACGUGUUUGGGAACCGGAUGCUGCUGGCCGCUGGCACCACGGACUCGGAGGGCGUGGCUAUACUGCCCCUCAGUUACCGUUUGGGCACCUGGGUGCUGGUCACUGCUGCCCGCCCCGGCUUCCUCACCAACUCAGUGCCCUGGCGUGUUGACAAGCUGCCCCUGUAUGCGUCAGUCAGCCUCUAUCUGCUCCCCGAGCGGCCGGCCACCCUCAUCCUCUAUGAGGACCUGGUGCACAUCCUUUUGGGCUCUCCUGGUGCCCGCUCCCAGCCCUGGGUGCAGUUCCAGCGCCGGGCCGCCCGCCUGCCGGUCAGCUCCACCUACAGCCAGCUCUGGGCCUCGCUCACACCUGCCAGCACCCAACAGGAAAUGCGCGCUUUCCCUGCCUUCCUGGGAACUGAGGCCUCCAGCUCAGGCAAUGGCUCCUGGCUAGAGCUGAUGCCCCUGGCUGCCGUGAGUGUGCACCUGCUGACGGGCAAUGGAACAGAAGUCCCACUUUCGGGCCCCAUUCACCUGUCCCUGCCCGUGCCCUCAGAGCCUCGCGCCCUGACUGCAGGCACCAGCAUUCCAGCCUGGAGGUUCGACCCCAAGAGUGGGCUGUGGGUACGCAAUGGCACUGGUGUGAUCCGGAAGGAAGGCCGACAGCUCUACUGGACCUUCGUCUCCCCCCAGCUGGGGUACUGGGCAGCUGCCAUGGCUUCCCCCACCGCUGGACUGGUCACCAUCACAUCGGGCAUCCAGGACAUUGGUACCUACCACACCAUCUUCCUGCUCACCAUCCUGGCAGCCCUGGCCCUGCUGGUGCUCAUUCUGUUGUGUCUGCUCAUCUACUACUGCCGGAGGCGCUGCCUGAAGCCGAGGCAACAGCACCGCAAACUGCAGCUGUCUGGGCCCUCUGAUGGUAACAAACGAGACCAAGCCACCUCGAUGUCUCAGCUCCACCUCAUUUGUGGGGGACCCUUGGAGCCCGCGCCGUCUGGGGACCCUGAGGCUCCGCCCCCAGGCCCCCUGCACUCGGCCUUCUCCAGCUCCCGGGACCUUGCUGCCUCCCGGGACGACUUCUUCCGCGCCAAGCCACGCGCGGCCAGCCGUCCGGCCGCCGAGCCUGGGGGCGCCCGCGGGGGCGAGGGCGCGGGCCUCAAGGGCGCCCGCUCCGUCGAGGGGCCCGGCGGGCUGGAGCCAGGCCUCGAGGAGUACCGUCGGGGCGCCUCGGCCACCCCGGCCUUCCUGCAGGAGCCGCCCUCGCCGCCGCCGCCCUUCGAGCACUACUUGGGCCACAAGGGGGCGGCCGAGAGCAAGCCCCCCGACUUCCUGCUGUCGCAGUCCGUGGACCAGCUGGCGCGGCCGCCGUCGCUCAGCCAGGCCGGGCAGCUCAUCUUCUGCGGCUCCAUCGACCACCUCAAGGACAGCGUCUACCGCAACGUCAUGCCCACCCUGGUGAUCCCCGCGCACUACGUGCGCCUGGGCGGCGAGGGGGGCGCCGCGGGGCCCGGCGACGAGGCGGCCCCGGCCGAGAGCACGGGCCCCGGCCCCGCGCGCCCCUUCCCCGCGCCCGACCCCCAGCGCCCGCUGAUGCAGAGCCACUCGGGCGCGGGCGGCGAGGGCGGCGGCGGCGGCGAGGCCUGGGGGGGCGGGCGCUCGGCGCCGGUCAGCGGCUCGGUCACCAUCCCGGUGCUGUUCAACGAGUCCACCAUGGCGCAGCUCAACGGGGAGCUGCAGGCUCUGACCGAGAAGAAGCUGCUCGAACUGGGCGUGAAGCCUCACCCGCGCGCCUGGUUCGUGUCCCUGGACGGGCGCUCCAACUCGCAGGUGCGCCACUCCUACAUCGACCUGCAGGCGGGCGGGGGCGGCCGCAGCACCGACGCCAGCCUGGACUCGGGCGUCGACGUGCACGAGGCGCGGCCCGCGCGCCGGCGGCCCCUGCGCGAGGAGCGGGAGCGGGAGCGUGCCCCCCCCGCCGCCCCGCCGCCCCCGCCGCCGCCGCCGCCGCCCGCGCCCCCGCGCCUGGCGCUCAGCGAGGACACGGAGCCGAGCAGCAGCGAGAGCCGCACGGGCCUCUGCUCCCCCGAGGACAACUCGCUGACGCCGCUGCUGGACGAGGUGGCGGCGCCCGAGGGCCGGGCGGCCACCGUGCCCCGGGGUCGGGGCCGCAGCCGCGGGGACAGUUCCCGCAGCAGCGCCAGCGAGCUGCGGCGCGACUCGCUCACCAGCCCAGAGGACGAGCUGGGGGCGGAGGCGGGCGACGAGGCGGGCGACAAGAAGAGCCCGUGGCAGCGGCGGGAGGAGCGGCCGCUGAUGGUGUUCAACGUCAAGUAGCGCCCCCGCCCGGCCUGGCGCCGCCCCCGGGCCGGC